AUGAGCCAGCUCCGCCUCUCCACAGCCCUACUCUUCCUCCUGGUUAUCCUGGUUGACAGCACCCCAGUGUAUGAACACCAUACCCAAGAUCAAGGUCUGGAGACAAGCCAUAGAAGGAGACUUGAGAAGCGUUCACUAAUAGAUUUGGUUUCAGUUUUCAUCGAUGCUGUGGCUACAGUUGCCAACCUUUUUAAAGGAAUGGGAUUCAAUGAAAUAAAAGGAUUGGCUCAAACAAUGAGUCAGAUGAUGAUUUCUGGAAGGCAACUGGAGAACCAUACAGUAGAGGUGUUCCCAACACAAGUGCUCAAAGAAGAGAAUAAAGCAGAUUCUAAGCCUGCCUUCUGCCUGGAGCCUAAAUUAACAGGUCACGGCAAGGCCUCGAGGCCCAGGUACUUCUACAAUGCUGAGACUGGUCACUGUGAGCCGUUUACAUAUGGCGACCUCGGAGGGAACAAAAACAACUUUGUAACAGAAGAGGAGUGCAUGAAGACCUGCGGUCAAGAGGCAGGGUCCCUGUGAGAACAUGCAAAAAGGUCCCCAGGAACCCUGAAGUCUGAGGAGGACCCCUGCAGGGCUGGGUUUUGGCUGCUUCUGAAACUGCUCAGUCUCCUCGCAGUUCUCUCCUCUA